GCGCGCGCGACGACGGACGCGACGCCUCCCCCGCGAGCGAAGAGAACGAACGAACCCCGCGAUGUCGGCUCGGUCCACGUUCAAGCAGGAGCACGCGCUCGACAAGCGCCAGGCCGAGGCGCAGCGCAUCCGGGACAAGUAUCCGGACCGGAUCCCGGUCAUCGUCGAGAAGGCUGAGAAGAGCGACAUCCCCGACCUGGACAAGAAGAAGUACCUCGUCCCCGCGGACCUCACCGUCGGACAGUUCGUGUACGUCAUCCGCAAGCGAAUCAAGCUCUCGCCCGAGAAGGCGAUCUUCGUGUUCGUGAACAACGUCCUUCCCCCCACGGCGGCGCUGAUGUCGGCGGUGUACGACGAUCACAGAGACGACGACGGGUUUUUGUACAUCGCGUACAGCGGCGAGAACACGUUCGGUUCCGCGUUGGAUCUGGAUCUGAUCGCGCUCGAAGAGGACGAGUGAUGCGAUGUGAUGUGAUGUCGUGGGGGUUGUGGGGAGGUGGGAGACGCGCGCGCGGAGGGAGACGAGGCGCGUUUGUUUGUAUGAACAUCGAACACUGUACGAGUAAAAACUUUUCAUGAGAAAGGUGAAAAUAAAAAAAAAGCAGGCUGC